ACAAACUCAACCUUAGCCCACUUGGAAGUUAAGCCUAAACGGCGUAGUUGUUGGACCUCCACUCUCACUCACUGCUAUCUGACAAUGGCGGCUUCUCUGCAACUCAGCUUCAAACCUUCACUGCAGCCACCAAAAUCCGUCUCCAAUUCCGCCCCCAAAUUCUCCAGGGUCCGCUGCUCCGCCAUAGCUGCGUCGAGAAGCUAUACCGUCACUCUCCUCCCCGGUGAUGGCAUUGGCCCCGAAGUCAUCUCCGUUGCUAAGAACGCCCUCCAGCUCGUCGCCUCCCAGGAAGGGGUUGAUUUUAAGUUCAAGGAAAUGCCAAUGGGUGGCGCCGCCUUAGAUUUGACCGGGGUGCCCUUGCCAGAAGAGACUCUUUCGGCUGCAAAGGAUUCUGAUGCCGUUCUUCUUGGAGCUAUUGGAGGGUAUAAGUGGGAUAAUAACGAGAAACAUUUGAAGCCUGAGACGGGUCUCCUUCAGAUUCGAGCUGGUCUUAAGGUGUUUGCGAACUUGAGGCCGGCUACUGUUCUACCCCAGUUAGUGGAUGCUUCAACUUUGAAGAAGGAAGUCGCUGACGGAGUGGACUUGAUGGUGGUAAGGGAAUUGACUGGAGGCAUUUAUUUUGGCAAGCCAAGGGGUUUUGGCACAAAUGAAAAUGGUGAAGAAAUUGGAUUCAACACUGAGGUGUAUGCAACUUAUGAGAUUGAUCGCAUUGCUCGGGUCGCAUUUGAAACUGCUAGAAAACGUCGUGGGAAACUUUGUUCUGUUGACAAAGCUAAUGUUUUGGAGGCUUCCAUGCUAUGGAGGAAGAGAGUUACGGAGUUAGCCUCAGAAUACCCUGAUGUUGAACUCUCUCACAUGUAUGUUGACAACGCGGCCAUGCAGCUUAUUAGGAACCCAAAACAGUUUGACACUAUUGUUACAAAUAAUAUAUUUGGUGAUAUUCUGUCUGAUGAAGCAUCAAUGAUCACUGGAAGUAUAGGGAUGCUUGCAUCUGCAAGUCUGGGUGAAUCGGGACCUGGAUUGUUUGAGCCAAUACAUGGUUCUGCUCCUGAUAUUGCUGGGCAGGACAAAGCAAAUCCCUUGGCAACAGUUCUCAGUGCUGCCAUGCUUUUGAAAUAUGGCCUGGGAGAGGAGAAGGCUGCCCAGAGGAUUGAGGCUGCAGUUUUGGAUACUCUAGAUAGAGGAUACCGUACGGGUGACAUAUACUCGGCUGGACUGAAAUUAGUCGGCUGCAAGGAGAUGGGAGAAGAAGUCUUGAAGUCAAUCGAGUGUAAAGUCGCUGCUGCUUUGUGAAAUUUAUCAUUUAGCCAUAGUACCCUUUGAUGAAGGUAUCGAACUUGUUUCUUUUACAUUUAUCUCCGGCGUCAAGCCUUGGCGCAAUUGAAAUGUCUAUCUCAACAUCUUAUCCGUUGGAUCUCAAGAACUUGAGAAACGUUAUUCGGCUCAAUUAGAAAUGACGAUGAAACGAGGGUUUGAUUUUUGUUAAGUUGUUAUAGGAUUUUAAUUGCGUUUUGUAGCAGUGAAUGUUGUAACCUAGUAGAGAACCCCCCAUUUAGAGUGUUCCAAUUUAUGUAUGUUACAACAAUGACUAGGACCAUUGUUGGAGUUGGAAUAAAGUUGUUUUUCUGAACCUUUGGCACAA